AUGAGAUCCAAUCUUUUCAGGGCCGAGGUCGACGGGAUACGGCGCAGGCGUUUCUUGCCGACUUUGCCAGGCUCCAGCGACUUGGAGUGUGCAGCUGGUUGGCAAAAACUUUUACAGGCGGCGGGGUCCUUCUUCGAGACUGAUGCACAGAACAAUGAAGACCCUCUGGUGGAGACCGUCCGACAGCAACCUGUGGCUGCCUUGCGAUUUAUUCGCAUGAUGCUGCUCUCCAGUAGUCUCGGCAGCCUGGUCGUAUGCGCCGUUUGCUGGGCAUUCCUCUACCUGCAGUGGUCAGUUUGUUGCAGUUGCCAGCGCCCAUUGAGGUGGUGGCUGCUGUUGUAUGCAACCUUGCAGCAACUGCAGUUGCCCGUGCGAUUUGUGACCUUGUACCGCUUGGGCCUCCGCUUGCAGUUGCACGAGGCCGACGGCGAGCGACUGCAGGUGGAAGUCUCCCGCUUUACUUCGUCCAUGGCUUGGAGAUGGAGUAAGAACAUCUCGCUCUUCACGUACGGUUGGUUCGUCUUGGGCAUUGUUUGGGUCUUGAACUCUGACUAUGAGUCCUGCAGAGAAGCGCACAGGAUCACGAUUGCAGUCAUCGGCCAGGCCUUUCUGAGAGCUGUGGGGGCCAUGCUCUGCUUUCGUCUCUGUAUGCAGGCGCAGCCGGCGGACAGUCCCAAGGUGGAGGCCGCCCGGGCGGAUGAGAUUGCAUCCUUGCCAGUGGUGGCUUUCAGGUCUGAGAUGGCCAAGGAACAUGCCAUGUGUUCGGUGUGCCUUUCGGACUACGUGGAGGGCGAAGCCCUGCGCAGGCUACCGUGUGGGCAUCUUUUCCAUCGACGUUGUGCGGAUGAGUGGUUGCAUCGAAGCUGCCGCUGUCCGUUGUGUGUCCAAAGUAUUCGCGACUUCUGA